UGAAGAACUGGUUGAAGAUUUUUUUAAAAUUCUGUUCGCCUUAAAUUUGGCAAGUUUAAGCGAAAUAUAGCCGAGGGUGCCUCUUCCCAGUGACUCACUCAGGCAUGGCUGGGAAAAGCUGUUGAAGCUGCAAAAAAAAAAAAAAAAAACCUCCUUGGCAAUCUCCUUUGCCUGCCUGCCACCCACCAAAUCCUAGAAAUAAUUCUCAUUUCAGUUUCCCCAGAGAGAGGACAACGGGCUCAGCGUCUCUGUCGAAACACCCGCAGAAUUAAGAAAGCCAAACUUUCAGACUUUUUAUAAAAAAAAACCAAACAAACUCCAAAUAUUGAACAGUGACACCUACCGGAGCUGUUCUUUUCAUCGGCUGUUUGUAAUGAAGCAGAUGGAAGGCAAUGUGACACUUCGCUGGACUUAAAAGAAAAAUCCAGCCGCUUGGUCCUAAGUCCACCUUCCCUCGGCUAGAGAGCACUUGAAGGAUUGAGAAUAUCGGGAUGUGGGGCUGUCAGCUGAGGCAGGUGCUCUGCAGCUUCCACCACCAACUGAAGAAAGGUUUCAGGAUCCUUCCAGCUUCGACUCAUUGGCAUCACACGGUCCCCACCCCAUCCGACUGUGCCUGGCAGUUAAAAGAUGGUCAUCUAGAGCUGAAAUACAGGGACACUCUGAUGCGCUUCGAUUACUUUUGGCUGCGUGACCACUGCCGCUCGCCAUCUUGCUACAACACCAAGACCAACCAACGCAGUCUGGAUACGGCCAGUGUGGAUCUCACGAUCAAGCCCCAGGCGGUACGAGUCGAUGAGACCACUCUCUUUCUCACCUGGCCAGAUGGCCACGUGACCAAGUAUGGUCUGGAAUGGCUGCUGAUGAACAGCUACGAGGGACAGAAGCAUCAGGUCAUGCAACCCCGGAUCCUGUGGAAUGCCGAAAUUUACCAGGAAGCUCAAGUGCCUUCGGUCAACUACCAUAGUUUCUUGGAAACCAAUGAGGGGCUGAGAGAAUUCCUGCAGAACUUCCUGCUGUACGGCAUUGCAUUCGUGGAAAACGUUCCCCCAACCAAAGAAGACACGGAGGUCAUAGCAGAGAGGAUUAGUUUGAUCAGAGAAACUAUCUACGGCAGGAUGUGGUAUUUCACCUCUGACUUCUCCCGCGGAGACACGGCUUACACCAAACUGGCUUUGGAUCGUCAUACAGAUACCACUUACUUUCAGGAACCUUGUGGCAUCCAGUUAUUCCAUUGCCUCCGGCAUGAAGGGACGGGGGGACGGACGCUUCUGGUGGACGGUUUCUAUGCCGCAGAACAAGUGCUACAGCGAGCCCCGGAGGACUUCGACCUUCUCACGAAGGUGCCACUGAAGCACGAAUACAUCGAGAACAUGGGAAGCUGCCGCAACCACAUGAUUGGGGUUGGGCCUGUCUUGAAUAUCUACCCCUGGAACAAGGAGCUCUACCUGAUCAGGUACAAUAAUUACGACCGAGCUGUCAUUAACACAGUGCCCCAUGACACUGUGCACCGUUGGUAUAUUGCACACCGCACACUCACCACUGAGUUGCGGAGGCCCGAGAACGAGCUCUGGGUCAAACUGAAACCAGGCAAAGCCCUCUUCGUGGACAAUUGGCGAGUGCUGCAUGGCCGAGAAUCUUUCACGGGAUAUCGCCAGCUCUGCGGUUGCUACCUCACGAGAGAUGAUGUGCUAAACACGGCCCGUUUCCUUGGACUUCAAGCCUAGGGUGGCUUGGGCCUCUGAUGGUCGGGAGCUGCUGAUUCAGGAAUGGAGAGAAAAAAGUGUAUACCUCACAGACCUGGCCUCCUGUCCCAAGAGAGAGGAGAGGUCCUCUCACCAUUACUUGAGGUCCAUCAAAUAUUGUCUAUUGCCUUUUCUUCAUUCUCCCCAUUCUAAGCUCCCUGAUUGGUUCUCCUUGGUUUCCAAAGCCAGCCCAUUGGCUCAACUCAGGACAGAUGGACUUGGCAACCAUGUAAGAGACCAGUUCUGACCUCCAAGGUGCUACCUCUUGUGCCUUUUGCUAUUGAAAGCAGCCCUGUCCUUUUGAGGAGACCUAUGUACAAAACCAUCAAGGUUUUUUACUGGACGUCCAUUGUUGAAAACUGGUAGAGUCUCAAGGAAAGUUGAGCUAGUUCAUUGGCAAGAUGUGUUUGUUGGCGUGCCAGCCUUUUGAGACCUCCAAAGCAGACGGCUACCCAAUGUUUGAAGGUUCUGCUUCUCCGUGUCUCUUCUCUUUCCUGCCUGCCGGUGAUGUUAAGCUUGCCAUAUGAUGGGACAGUGGCUUCAGAAAGCCUUAGAACAGGAGGAAGGAAGAAAACAUACAGAUCUGGGGAGGGAAGACAAUAUUAAGUCCUGAUUUCCCAGCACUGUAAAAAAAAAUAUGAUAACAAUAUAACUAUAGCACUGUGUUUCUUUCCAGCUUAACUCUGUUGUCCAUUCUUCAUCUUGGUCAUUGCUUCAACUUUCUCCAGCAUUUCUUUGCUGUCCAUUCUUUUGUUGGGAGGAAGCACAAUCCCAUAAUUUCCUUGCUUUGUUUCUUUCCUUUGUUUCUUUCCUUUGAAGGACUUUAUCUUUAUGGACAACAAGAGGCCUCUCAGAAGCUGGAAACCGCCAACCCUUGUUCUGAACUAAAGCUCCAACAAUCCGGAAGAGAGAGAAAGAGAGAAAGAAAGAAGACACUUGGUUAUUCCUCUUAGCUAGUUAAGUGAAAAUAAUUGCACGUUUCGCUUUGACUGGCCUUCUCGGUAGCAUUGGGCUCUUUCAGGCUCUUCAAGAAAAAAGCAAGAGCGGCCUUUAGCCGAAACUGAAAUGAUUGGAUCAAAGAUCUGAGUGGAGGCAUUGCUUCCGCUAACUGCUCUUAUCACCAGACCAGUGGUGAAAUCCUCCGCGGAUGGCCACCGUUUUGCUGUCCACGCAUGUGCGGUACGCGGCAAAUGCUCGCUGUGUGCAUGCAUGCACAGUGCACACCAAAAGCACGCUGCACAUGCGUGCAUGCACAGUGCAAACUAAAUGCGUGCGGAAAAAGAAGGCUUAACAAGGUAAGUAGAACAGCGAGGGAGGAUAACAGCUGUGCCGCGCGGUUUAGAUUCCUUAGGAUUUCCUGCUUUCUAACUAAUAUAAAUGGCACGGCACAGCUGAUUGUCGGAAAUACUGGUUCAAACGAACUGGUAGCUUUUUUUUUACUACCGGUUUGCCCGAACCGUUACUUUUUAUCACUACCGGUUCUCCCGAACCGGUGCGAACCAGUAGCAUUUCACCCCUGCACCAGACCCUUAGGAUUGAGCUCCUUGUCUAGGAACGAGAAGUUCUAGGUCAUCCUUCCUUCUAGAGAUGGAUGAUGAUCAUUGCUUGCCCCCCUGCCAUCACCAGAGAGACUCCAGUUCCUACUGCAUCUCUUUGAGCAAGAUCCAACAGGGAUGCCCAGAACUUCUAUAGGAAGCCAAGAUUUGCCACUCCGUGGAAGAAACAGCACCUACGAGAAGUAGCCAAAGCCAGUUUUUUGCCUUCAAACCAAAUAAGAAAUAUCUUGCCUUCUUUGGACUUGAAGCGACAUUUUCAUGAUUCAUAACGAAGGAUGAAACGCUUUACCACAAUUUGAGAUGCAAAUUCUGUGGUUGAGUUGGGUCUUCCUGGGCCAAAACUUCAAAACUAAUCUAUGCAUGAGUUUAGGAGCAGAAGGGGGGGGCUUCUACCUACAAGAGGGUCCAAGUAGACUUCAUGAACAACAGAAUAAAUCUUUGUUCAUGGUUGUCCUUGCCAAGCUCGGCCAAACUUGGUUGAACCCGUUGGCUCUCGUUGGAAAAUUUCUGCUAAUUAAGGAAAAUCAACCCUCUUUCCUCCAGUAUGUUUACAGCUGAUCCCUUUCAGGUAAACAUGAUUUUUGUUGAAUUAUAUUGAACAUGCAAAUCUGCUAAGGAGGAAACUCCAGAAAAGGAAUUUUUGCAAGUUCUUAUAGACAUCAGGAAGCAGCUACCGUUUUCCUUGGACGGUGUUCUGCUCUUUGCAGCUUUCGAAUUAAAGUAGUGGGGAAACUGGCAAGAUUCCUCGAAGUCUAGAAGGAUGCAGUUUUGACUCUCACUAAGCUGCAGAAGUCAUAUUUUGAACUGCAACAUUUCCCGACUUAAAUAGGGGAGCAGGAGAGAGAAUGUUUUUCCAAGGAACUAGAAUCAGGGACGGGCUGCUGGGGGUUCGCAGGGGUUCGGGAGAACCUCUAGCUAAGAUUCUGUGCAGUUCAGAGAACCCCCAAAUCCCACUCCUGGUUGGCCCUGCCCUGCCCACGAGUCCCAAUGCAGCCCGUUUUGGAUGCAGGUUAGUGCAAGGCGUGCACGGAGGCUCGAGGAGGGCACUACCGGAACUACCAGAAGUUCAGGAAACGGGCCCGUUUCUGGCCUCCGGAGGGCUUCCGGAGGGCUUCCAGAGCCUGGGGAGGCCAUUUUCACCCUCCUGGAGGCUCGAGGAAAGCCUCCGGAGGCCGGGGAGGGCAAAAAUGCCCUCCCACCGUGGUGCAGGAGGCUGACUAGGCCACGCCCACCAUGGCCAUGCCCACCCAGCAACCAGGCAGAGAACCCCUUGCUAAAAUUUUUGAAGCCCACCCCUGACUCGAAUCCGACACGAACACCAGCAAUUUAGGUUUAGUUGAAUUUUCUCCCUGAGAUGGCUCGUGUUCUUUAAGGAAUGUAUUUCAGGUUUGCUUGUUCAGUGAAAGCAGUAUUUACAGUAUCUCAUGAGCUCCAAGCUGCUGUCUGAAGCCAUUUUGCCCAGCUAUAGUUUUGCUACACCAGGGGUAGGUUCUACUUACCCUUACUACUGGUUUGAACGGGAUCGCACACGCGCACGCUCGCUUCGCUCGCACCUUGCUUCUGCGCAUGUGCAAAUCGCCAAUGACAACAUCCGGGACGGUGGGCGGGGCGUCCCACCGGUUUUACUACCAGUUCUUGCGAACCGGUCUGAACCAGGGGCAACCCGCCACUAGGCUACACCUCGUUGAGUUGAUGGUUCUUUGCACGAUCUGUAUCUGCUUCUCUCUUUUCUUACCUGUAGUUUUGGAUGUCGUCUUAACUUGAUUGAUGCGGUAGCACUUUUUUGCUCUUAACACUCCUUAAGGACUCCUUUUAAACAACAUUCAAUUUUUAGUAGCGGAAGGCAUUUGGUACUCGAGGCCAUUUCUAACUUGAUUUUCUUAACACUGUAUGAAUUUCAUGACCCCGUAGAAUGCAUCGGAUGUAGAGGUGGUGCAAAUAUGAUCCUUGGAUCAAGACAACUUCUACAGCUGUCUGGUAUUUAUUAGCUACUAAGUUUCAGGAAUAUAUUUACUAAUUUCUAAAAACAUCUUUGCAAAAAAAGUACAGCUUGGGUUGUGUCCUCGGUAUGUUUUGUAAGGACCGAUGUGGCUUUGUUAUAAGUAGCUGAGAUCUCUUCAUGCCCACUCAUGUUUUACUCUAAGAACAAGAUUAUUAUGGUCACCGUAAUUGUAAUUGUUUCCUGUUACUCUGCUUUUAAUAAAAAAGUGCAAUGAUAAGUUUUUCUGAGAGGAAUAGAAAGCUUUGUUUCAACUAAACGGAUUUUGUAAAGUGUGGCCAACAAAUUAAAAACACUGAAUCAUGCUGUAAA